AAAAUCGGGCCAGUCACUGAAAGUGGCGCCGCUACAAAUUUGUCUUUAUUACAGCCAUCACGCCCCGAAUGAUCACGAAAUUCAUCUCUUUUCUACUAUGCCAUCUCUAGUUUUCCGAGGCAAUCUUGAAGGUCACGGUGGUUGGGUGACCUCGCUAGUCACUUCUUCCGAAGCUCCCGAUAUGUUGGUGUCUGGUUCGCGCGAUAAGUCGCUUAUUGUCUGGAAUUUGACGAGGGAUGAAAUUAACUAUGGCGUUCCCCGCAAGUCUCUUUUGGGCCACAAUCAUUUUGUGGAAGACUUGGCCAUUUCGUCCGAUGGACAGUACGUUUUAUCGGCUUCAUGGGAUACCACCUUGCGUCUUUGGGAUCUGAACACGGGCGUCACCACAGGCCGCUUCGUCGGUCACACCAAGGAUGUCAUGUCUGUUUCUUUCUCGGCCGACAAUCGUCAGAUUGUUUCCGGUUCGCGUGACAGAUCCAUCAAGCUUUGGAACACCUUGGGUGAAUGCAAGUAUGAUCUCACCCACGAUGGUCACUCGGAAUGGGUUUCCUGUGUGCGAUUCUCGCCCAAUCCCGCUGUUCCAGUGGUCGUCUCAGCCAGCUGGGAUAAGCUUGUCAAGGUAUGGGAUCUCCAGAAGAUGCGUUUGAGAACCAACUUUAUUGGUCACAACGGCUACAUCAACACCGUCGCUAUUUCACCAGAUGGUUCGCUUUGUGCUUCUGGUGGCAAGGAUGGUGUGAUCAUGCUUUGGGAUAUGAAUGAGUCGAAGCAUUUGUAUUCCCUUGAAGCCAAUGGCGAGGUGCAUAGCUUGGUGUUCUCUCCUUCUAUGUAUUGGUUGGCUGCUGCAGUGGGUUCCUCAGUCAAGGUGUGGGAUCUUGAAAAGAAGGAACUGGUGGACGCCGUCAGUCCCGACGUUUCGCCCUCUGGCAGCCGAAAGGUGCCUGACGCUUUAUCCCUUGCUUGGUCAGCCGAUGGCUCCGCUCUGUUCUCCGGUUUCUCUGAUAACUUGAUCCGCGUUUGGCACGUUUCUCACUAAAACUAGCUUCCCUGAUGUAUACUUUUUAGCUCGCUUUUUUCUCUUGUAAUUAAAAUCUUGGCGUUUUUGUAAAGUCUUGGUCUCAUUUUCGUUUUUUGAGAAAGUAUGGAUUUCGGACAAAACCUUUU